AUGGAUGUGAAGAAUUUAGAGCCGUAUGCUAUUAUAGGAUUCGAUGGAUCGGCGCUGAAAGGUCUGAAGGUUCACCCUGAUGGCGAACAUAUCGUCUACCCAAUGGGUAAUAAAGUCUGUAUUCAGGAAUGGAAGAGUAAGAAAAUGCAUUUCCUCAGCGGCCAUUCCAAUAGCGUCUCGACCGUCGCCGUGUCUCCCAAGGGAACUUACAUAGGCUCUGGGCAAAUCAACCACAUCGGCUUCAAAGCCGCUGCGAAAAUUUGGGAUUUCAAGAAGAAGGUUGUUAUAGGAAGUCACGAACUGCACAAGGUGCGCGUGGAGGCGCUGGCGUUCUCGUCGGACGAGCGCUACCUGAUCUCGCUGGGCGGCCGCGACGACGGCUGCGUGGUGCUGUGGGAUUGCGUCGGCGGCGCUGCCUCGGCCACUGCGCCCGCCGCCAAGCUCACGGCGGGCGACGCGUUCGCGCUGGCGCCGCUGCCGCUGCGCGCCAACGCCUUCGUCACGGGCGGCGACUCCAACCUCCGCGUGUGGAGCGUCCGGCCGGAGACCAAGACCCUGGACGUGGUGGACGUGUCGCUCGGCAAGCUACGGCGCAGCGUUCGCUGCAUCGCCAUCAACAAGGACGACUCUUAUGGCUACGCUGGGACCACAACGGGUGAUAUGAUAAAGUUUUCGACCGGAUUCUCCGAGUCUGGGGCGCUCGGCAAACCCUCGCUAAUUGGCUGCCUCGCCAAGUGCGGAAUUGAGUCAAUACUGAUAUUGGACGACGAAUGCCUGAUCGUGGGCGCCGGGGAUGGCACCGUGGACAUCCUCGAUGAGAUCAACUGGAAGGGUGAUUUCCCCAAGGGCAAGAUUUUGGACCCCAACAAGCCGCACUUCAAAGCAGUUGUGAAGCGUGACUUCUCGCAGCUGAAGAGCGCCAAAGUGGAGGGCGGCAUCACCUCGCUGGCGCUGCUGGAGGGCGGCGGGCGGGCGGUGGCCGAGCGGCUGCUGCUGGUGGGCACGCGCUCCAGCGAGAUCUUCGCGCUGGAGCUGGGCGGGCUGUCGGCCACGCUGCUGGUGACGUGCCACCGCUGCGCCGUGAGCGACGUGGCGUUCCCGCGCGGCAUGGCGGCCGUGUUCGCCACGGCGGGCCGCGGCUCCGUGCGCGUCUGGUGCGCCGCCAGCGGCCGCGAGCUGCUGCGCAUCGCGAUGCCCAACUUCGCCUGCUCCGCCGUGCUCUUCUCGGCGGACGGCGGCUCCAUCGUCACCGCGUGGGACGACGGCAACAUCCGCGCGUUCACGCCGCUGACCGGCCGCCUCAUGUACUGCAUCCUGAACACGCACAACAAGGGCACCUCCGCCCUCGACAUGACCUCCGACGGCCGCACCCUCAUCUCCGGCGGCUGCGAGGGACAGGUGCGCGUGUGGGACAUCAGGCCCGAGCGCCAGAGCCUCAAGAAGGUGCUGAAGGAGCACAAGAGCCCGGUGUCCGCCAUCCAGGUGUCGCCCAACGACACGGAGGCCGUCAGCGCCGGCACCGACGGCUCCUGCAUCAUCUGGGAUCUGCUGUCGCUGUCGCGGCGGCAGGUGAUGUACGCGAACACGCUGUUCACGUGCGUGCGCUUCGAGCCGCGCGGCUGCCAGCUGCUCACCGGCGGCACGGACCGCCGCGUCGCCUACUGGGAGGCGGCCAGCGGCAACCUGGCGCGCGAGUUGGAGGCGAGCAAAGUGGGUGCAAUCAACGGCUUAGACAUCUCCCAAGACGGGGAACUGUUCGUGACCGGAGGCAACGAUCAGAUGAUCAAGCUGUGGCGCUACCAGGAGGGCGUGUACACGCACACGGGGCUGGGCCACGCGGCGGCCGUGACCUGCUGCCGCUUCAGCCCCGACAAGCGGCGCAUCGUCAGCGCCUGCGCGGCCGGCGGGCUCGUCAUCUGGCGCACGCCGCAGGAAUACUUACAACCGGAGGAUCCCCUGUCCCCGAAAACCAAAACGUUGGCGUCCCCAAAAUCCCUCCGAGAAGAGCUCAGGUUACCGCUUGAACAUAAUGAGAAGCAAAAACAGAAACCAUCAGCUGAGCGUCACCAUAAACUUCCAGCCGCACCGUCCAAGGUGGAGCGAAUAGAAGCGAUGAACACUUCCCGCAGCAGCGUGCACUCUUGCUGCCCCUGCGACCUCACCGCUCGCUCCGACGAGUCGAAGAAGAGCUCCCCAAAAGCCCUCAAGUGUUGUCGACCACCGGAUAACCUCCCAACACGAACCACAAGCAAAGAUUACAUCAGCAGCAGCGGAGACAGGAGA